AGUGUAGCCCCAGCAGUGCCACCUAUCAGUGCCCAUCAAUGCCAGCUAUCAUUGCCCAUCAAUGCCACCUGUUAGUGCCCAUCAGUGCCUCCUAUCAGUGCCAGUCAGUGCCACCUAUCAGUGCCCGUCAGUGCCGCCUAACAGUGCCAGUCAGUGCCACCUAAUAGUGCCAGUCAGUGUCACCUAAUAGUGCCAGUCAGUGCCACCUAUCAGUGCCAGUCAGUGCCGCCUAUCAGUGCCAUAUAUGAGUGCUGCCUUUCAGUGCCCAUCAGUGAUG